UCCUGGACCAUCUGGUCUUAAAGGAGAUAGCGGAGAAUCUGGUCCGACUGGUCCGAGAGGACUGCAGGGUCCCACAGGGCCUCCGGGGAAAGCAGGGAAGAGGGGUCGUUCAGGAGCUGAUGGAGCGAGAGGAAUGCCAGGAGAAGCGGGAGGAAAGGGAGAUCGAGGCUUUGAUGGCCUUCCGGGUUUACCUGGUGAGAAAGGCCACAGGGGUGAGACUGGCCCGAUCGGACCCCCGGGACCUCCUGGAGAUGACGGGCCAAGGGGUGAGGAUGGACAGAUCGGACCGAGAGGACUGCAGGGAGAAAGUGGUCCUAGAGGUUUACUCGGCCCGCGAGGAUCUCCAGGUCCUAACGGUCAACGUGGUCUUCCUGGCCUGGACGGUCCGCCGGGUCCUAAAGGGAACAUGGGACCACCAGGAGAAGGAGGACCACCCGGUCAACAGGGAGUCACUGGCCCACAGGGCUUACCGGGACCUCAGGGCCCAAUCGGACCUCCUGGAGAAAAAGGUCCUUCUGGAAAACAGGGACUGCAGGGUUUAUCUGGAGCCGACGGUCCUCCUGGUCAUCCUGGGAAAGAGGGACCGGCGGGAGAGAAAGGAUCUACUGGUCACCCCGGACCCCAGGGCUCCAUCGGCUACCCCGGUCCACGAGGAGUCAAAGGAGCUGAAGGAGUUCGUGGGUUAAAAGGCGGUAAAGGAGAAAAGGGUGAAGAUGGUUUCCCAGGGUUUAAAGGUGAUAUGGGACUCAAAGGGGACAAAGGAGAGCCCGGAGUAAUCGGACUGCGGGGAGAAGACGGACCGGAGGGACCGAAGGGAAAAUCCGGACCAACUGGAGAAUCUGGACCCAUGGGACUGGCUGGAGAAAAGGGUAAACUGGGAGUUCCUGGAUUACCUGGAUAUCCUGGACGACAGGGUCCAAAGGGUUCUACUGGUUUCGCCGGUGCUGCUGGAGCCAGUGGAGAGAAAGGAACAAGGGGACUGGCUGGUAAAGCAGGGCCAAGGGGACAGCGCGGUCCGACGGGACCUCGUGGUAGCCGAGGAGCGAGAGGACCGACGGGAAAACCAGGAGCGAAGGGAACGUCGGGACACGACGGUGCCGCCGGAGGUCCUGGAGAACGAGGACCUCAAGGACCACAGGGGCCCGUUGGGUUGCCGGGACCUAAAGGUCCACCUGGACCCCCUGGUAAAGACGGACUGCCGGGACACCCAGGACAGCGAGGAGAAACCGGUUUCCAAGGGAAGACGGGUCCCCCUGGUCCUGGAGGAGUCGUGGGUCCGCAGGGUUCUACAGGAGAAACCGGACCUGUGGGUGAGAGAGGACACCCCGGAUCCCCGGGACCGCCCGGAGAGCAAGGUCUUCCUGGAGCGGCGGGUAAAGAGGGUGGAAAGGGCGACCCGGGCCCUCAGGGUCUUGCUGGAAAGCCCGGUCCUCCUGGUAUCCGAGGUUUUCAGGGACAGAGAGGUCUUCCUGGAACUCCAGGUCCAGGAGGUCUGAAAGGUGGUGAAGGUCCUCCUGGUCCACCGGGUCCCAUCGGAUCUCCAGGUGAGAGAGGAGGUGCUGGACCCGGCGGUCCGAUCGGAGUACCGGGACGAAACGGACCUCAAGGACUCCCGGGACCUGCUGGAGAGAAAGGUGGUCCGGGUGAGAAAGGUCCUUCUGGACCCGCCGGCCGUGAUGGUAUUCAGGGUCCAGUCGGACUUCCUGGACCUGCAGGACCUCAGGGACCACCUGGAGAGGACGGUGAUAAGGGAGAAGUCGGAGAACCGGGACAGAAGGGAAGCAAAGGGGACAAGGGUGAAUCGGGUCCUUCUGGUCCAGUUGGUCUUCAAGGUCCAGUUGGCAAUCCAGGUCCUGCUGGCACUGAUGGUGAAGCUGGUCCACGAGGUCAGCAGGGAAUGUUCGGCCAGAAAGGAGACGAAGGACCUCGAGGAUUCCCCGGACUGCCAGGACCCGUCGGCCUACAGGGAUUACCAGGACCUCCAGGCGAGAAGGGAGAGACUGGUGACGUCGGUGCGAUGGGUCCUCCUGGUCCUCCAGGCCCGAGAGGUCCUCAGGGUCCCAGCGGAGCAGACGGUGCUCAGGGACCUCCUGGUGGUAUCGGCUCUAUGGGAGGAAACGGAGAAAAGGGUGAGCCGGGUGACGCGGGAAAUCCAGGACCUCCCGGAGAGACCGGUUCAAUGGGUCUGAAAGGUGAAGUGGGUGAGAAAGGAGAGACGGGACCACCCGGAGCUGCCGGACCCGCAGGAGCACGAGGACCGCCUGGAGACGACGGUCCCAAAGGAAACCCUGGACCUGCUGGCUUUCCUGGAGACCCCGGUCCUCCUGGUGAGCCCGGUGCUGCUGGACUCGACGGUCUUCCUGGAGAUAAAGGAGAAAACGGAGAAGCCGGUCAGCAGGGACCCCCGGGUCCAUCAGGUGAAGCUGGACCUCCUGGACCUCCAGGAAAGAGAGGUCCGAUCGGACGGACAGGAGCCGAAGGCAAACAGGGAGAAAAAGGUUCUAAGGGUGAAGCCGGAGCUGAAGGACCAUCCGGGAAAACCGGGCCUGUUGGACCUCAAGGGCCCCCUGGAAAGCCUGGUGCUGAGGGUCUGAGAGGAAUUCCUGGUCCUGUAGGUGAACAAGGAUCUCCUGGUGUAGGGGGUAAAGACGGUCCGCCGGGUCCACUGGGUCCUCCUGGGCUCCCCGGGUUGAAAGGUGACCCUGGUUCUAAAGGUGAAAAGGGUCAUCCUGGUCUGAUUGGUCUGAUCGGGCCUCCAGGAGAACCAGGUGAGAAAGGAGACCGAGGUUUACCUGGAUCUCAGGGAACAGCUGGAGGCAAAGGUGAUCCUGGUGCUGUUGGUACUUCCGGUCCUCUUGGUCCUCCUGGUCCUCCUGGAAUUCCUGGAGCCCAAGGACAAAAAGGAUCUAAAGGAACGAGUGGUCCAGCGGGUCAGAAAGGAGAACCCGGUUUGAUCGGCCCUCCUGGUCCUCCUGGUCCUCCAGGUGACAUGAUCCAGCCGCUGCCCAUCCAGAUGUCCAAGAAGUCGAAGCGUUCUUCAGACGUCCAGGCUGACGAGGCCAUGCUGGAUUACGGUUUAGAGGGAACGGAGGGAAUGGAUGAAGUCUACGGCUCGCUCAAUAACCUGAAGCUGGACAUCGAGCGUAUGAAGUUCCCUCUGGGCACGCAGGACAAUCCGGCCCGGACCUGUAAAGACCUGCAGCUCAGCCAGCCCGACUUCCCCGACGGUGAAUAUUGGAUCGACCCUAACAUGGGCUGUAAAGGAGACUCCUUUAAGGUUUACUGUAACUUUACAGCCGGAGGAGAGACGUGUAUCUUUCCUGAUAAAAAGUCCUCAGGGGUUAGAAUAUCCAACUGGCCGAAAGAGUCUCCAGGGACGUGGUUUAGCGAAUUCAAGCGCGGUAAAAUCCUCUCGUACGUGGAUGUAGAGGAGAGUUCCAUCAGCGGCGUCCAGAUGACCUUCCUCAAGUUGCUGAGUUCUGCAGCGAGACAGAACUUCACCUACAUCUGCCACCAAUCCGUCGCCUGGUUCGAUGCUAAAGCCGACAACUACAACAAAGCGCUGCGCUUCCUCGGCUCCAACGACGAAGAGAUGUCACACGACAACAACCCCUUCAUCAAGGCCGUGUACGACGCCUGCUCGCUAAAGCAGGGCUACGCUAGAACCGUGUUGGAGAUUAACACUCCGCGCCUCGACCAGGUGCCCAUCAUCGACGUCAUGCUGAACGAUUUCGGAGAUCCCAACCAGAGAUUCGGCUUCGAGGUCGGCCCUGUCUGCUUCCUCGGGUAACAGCCUUCCUUCAGCCUGGUCGAGCUGGGACGCUUCGGGACGCGUGGACGGCUGCCACACACACACACACACAUACACACACACUUGCUGGCCAAUAAAGACUGUGUUAUCAUCAUGAGAAUGUUCAUCGCCCUUGUGGGGCCGAAAUGACGAGACUGAGGCCAGCAAUCCGGGGACCAACAUGAAGAAAAGACAUGAACUGGUGAAUAACGGUGCACUUUCAAACUUAAAAAAAAAAAAAGAAAUGGAUUCCUCUGUUUUCCUCUGUUCCACCAACUCCACUUCUUCCCCUGACCCAGUUUUAAUCCCACUAUAAAAAUUAACUUCUAAUCCUGAUAUUUUAUUUCUAUUCCUGCUGUUAGACCUCAUCGUAAUCUUAAUUCCUGUUUUAAUCUCCCAUCCUAAACCCAGUCCCUAAUUUUAAUCCCAAUAUUAUAUUCCAAUUCCAGUAUUGGAAUUUACUCCCAAUCCCAAUCCCAGUCCUAAUCCUAAUCCUAAUCCCAAUUCCACUUCCCUUUCUUCCUUUUCGUUUCUUUAUUCUUCCUCCAGGUGUUUUGAUUCGCUCUUGAUAUAUAAAAGAAAAAAAUUAAAUCUAACGGUGCUAUAGAAAGUGCAUUUUUUUUAAAAACUAUAACUGUAAUUAUAAUUUUGUACAAUAAUGUCUUUUUGAAUCAGCUUUCCUGCAGAAUCUUGCAUGUCUUUCAUUUGAUGACUAUAGAGAGAUUUCUUCAGUCUAGAUAUCUAUUUUUUUUUUUACUUUAAAACACUUGUCGUGUUACAGCGUGAUUAAAAUCAGCAUUAAAAAGCAGCCCUACUGUAAAUAUUGACCACUUUUAGACAAAGAGGAGAUUUAUCCGUCUUCUAUGGAUUGUGAAGGAGUAAUUUUAAGAUUUAAAAUCUGUAGAAUAGCAGAUUUUACUUUCAUUUCCCACUAAUGUGUUAUUUUGUAAGUGGUAGCGUUAAUGCUGUGGUAAUCAGACGUCUGAUGAUGCGACAGUGACGAAACGAGAGCGUUUAUAUCAGACUCAAACUCUUUUUUUUAUACCUCAACUCUAAGUGGAAGGGAAACAUGUUAAACAGCUCUUUAAUUACACAUUUUAAUUUCCACAUUUUGCUCUCUGUAUUUGCAUUUCUUUAUCCGAGUUUCUGUUUGAAGUUUAAAAACUGAAACUACGUUCCUGCGCUUCGUAUUUAAGCUUCUGUGGUACGAUGUGGUUUUGUUUUAUUUGCUUUUCUGUCUUUGUCUGAAUAUCGUUUGCAGAUGUGUUCAUGUCCUCGGUUCCCUCCAAAUACAUGACUAUAGGCAUUUAAAAUUUGACACACUUGUGUACUUUUCUUCUUCUAUAAUUUAUGUAAAACUUGGAAUAAAUGAUUGGUACGAUGUA